GAAAUAAGCGAUGUAUUAUGGCAUCCUUCAGGCGAUUAUUUUGCUGCUGCUGGUGAUGAUCGGAAAGUUCGUUUAUUUACCACAUCUUUUGGCAACAAGCCGGAAAUAAAAGCUAAUUUGGAGGGCUGUAAUGGUGCCGUACUUAAACUUGAUUUUGAUGCAGAUUCAAAACAAGUGCUCGCUGCAAGCGCCGACUUUGCCAUUCGUACCUGGAAUAUUGAUAAUUUUCGUAUAAAAGCAUCGCUCACCGGUCAUGGAGAUAAAGUCUCUUCAGCAAAAUUCCACGGAGAAGGUACAAGAAUCAUAUCGGCCUCUCACGAUCGAACAAUAAGAUUAUGGGAUCUACAUUCAUCCGUCAGGAAAUUUUUGUCCGGCUCUUUGGCUUAUGAUAUUGUAUCCAAUUAUCGGUGUAGUUCAAUGAUGAUCAGUGGACAUCAUGACAAAAAAAUAAGAGUUUGGGAUCCUAGAAGUUACGAACCUGUAAAAACUAUCGAAUUGGAUGGGCGAAUUACGUCAUUAGCAAUUUCGUCAGGUAGUCUUUUAUGCGCUAGUCGCAAUGAAACACUAUCUUUAAUCACUCUGCAUAAUUUCCAAAUUCUACAUUGUUACAGCGCUGACAAUUAUCGAACAUCAGGCGAUUUAGGGCGUUGUGUCAUUAGUCCAAAUAUGGAAUAUUGUGCUGCCGGCUCAUUAGAAGGACAGAUUUUUAUAUGGAAUCUUCACAGCACGAAAUUAGAAAAAGUUCUUCACAAAGGCGGUCAUAGUCGACCGGUUACAUCGUUAUCUUGGCAUCCAAAAGGAAAUUAUCUUAUAAGUGCAGAUAAGGGUAAAACAUUAUGCGUAUGGAAUUCUUGA